AUGCACGAGAAAGCCACGGUCGCUCCAUCGAGGACCAUGAGUAACGGUCGAGACAUCAAAUGGAUCGAGGGACUCCGAGGCGUUGCAGCUGUAGGAAUAGCAUUCCACCAUGUCACCCUCACCUGCUGGAGAAACCUCGAAAAUGCCGCCGAGAGCAAAGAGGAAUUGGGCUCGAUCUUCUACCUUCCUCCCUUCCGGAUGUUUGCUUUUGGCCACGGCUGGCUCUCGCUCUUCUUCCUCCUGAUCGGCUUCGUCAACUCCUAUAAGCCGAUCAAGUUGGCACGGAGGGGAGAGAUACCUGCGGCCCUAACCGGUCUCAAUUCGUCGGCCUUCAGAAGGACGUGGCGGUUUGUACUACCACCUAUGCUUGCCACUGUCAUAGCGUGGGCGCUCGUCAAUGUUGGGAUGUUGGAAUUUUGUAGAUCGAUCAAGAAUGAAUGGUUGAAUACAACGACGCCUGGGAGGAGCGGCAGCUUUCCGGAAGCGAUCAAGAAUCUCUUCUAUGCCAUUUACUCGAUGUGGGCUGGAGUUGAUUUCUACUAUGAGAAGAACCUUUGGGUCAUGCGAGAUCUUUUGAUGGCGUCGUUCUACGUCUAUCUUGUGCUUUUGGCUACUAUCCGGUGUAGCCCGAAAUGCCGGAUGACAGUCUUCUUUGGGUUGUAUGCUUUUGAAUGGUGUCGCCAUGAGAGUGAGUCUUCCUUCUUUGCUUAG